AUCUGUCCUUCUACUUGACAAAGGUUUAUAAGCCUAAAUUGAGCAAACAAGCCAGCAAAUGUAUGUAAUUUCAAUAAAGCAAUAAAGUCAAGUUUUUGCAUGCUGGUUGUGAGAUUGAAUUCACCACAAUUGCUCUUUUAAUUCAACUUCUUGUUGUGAUUUAAUUUAGUGUUUAUCAAGGUCAAUAGGCAUAAAAAUUUGAAUAAUGUCUUGUUUCAGGUAUACACCAAUCAAAAUGGCCCAUAAAGUGUUUGAGACAUUAAGAGGAAAAAGUAAUGACAAGUGUCCUGUUAUUUUUAUGCAUGGCUUAAUGGAAUCCAAAGAAACAUGGAGAAGGGUUCCUGAACGUGUGGCAAAUAAAACGAAGAGAAAGGUUUAUGCCUUCGAUGCUCGAAAUCAUGGCGAAAGUGAACACACUAUGGUUUCCAAUUUUGAUAACAAUCUUUAUGACCUUUACCACUUUAUGGACACAAUGAAAAUUGAAAAAUCUAUUUUAGUGGGUCAUAGUAUGGGUGGAAUGACGGCCAUCAAAGCUGCCCUAGACCAGCCAUCAAGAGUAGAAAUGGUGUUUAGUGUGAACAUGCAUACUGAUAAAAUACAUCCAGAAAUCAUUAAUAGAUGGUUAUUUCACUUAUUGAGACUAGCGGAUGGAUAUUGCACCUUUGAAAUAAACAAACCAAAUAUGGCAUUUGUUACUGAGCCGCCAUCCAACGAAAAAAUGAGGAAAAAUGAGAAACUUUACAAUUCCGUGCACGUAUUUAGAUGUCUGGCUCUCUCAGAUGCUCUCCUUGAAUUCGACGCAGCACAGCCCACUACCCACUUAAAUGGAAAGUAUCCCGGGCCAGCCUAUUUUAUUUUUGGUCCAAGAAAUAUAUUGUGUGGAAAACGACUUUACACCUUGAGUCAUAUUAAACAUUUUCCGGAAGCUGAAGUAAUACCAAUGACAGACUACUCCAACGACUUAUUUAGAGACAAAAAACUAGCUAAUGCUCUGUGUGAAACAAUUCUUCAUGUACAAAAAUUUAUUUGAGAGUAUUUAGAUUUUUAAUCUUACUAUAUUAGGUAUUUAAUACUUGCAAAUCUUUGUUUGAUAUCUGUUCAAUGUUUCUUUGUCAGUUUUACAAUGUUUUUCAAAAAUACUUACUCUUUGAUUAUUCAAUGUUUUAUACAGUUUUGUAAAAGUGAUUGGAAUUUAAGAUUUGCCUGUCCAAAUUAAUAAAUAUUUUGAAUUUAA